AUGGCCGAUGAUGAGGGCGCCUCUCCUCGCGAGCUGGUCGUGGAAGCCUGCCGCCGCGACCAAGCACACCUGAUCGAGCAAGUCUUGCACGACAUGGAAGACAAAUCCAACGAGGAGGUGGCACAAUUCUUCAAUAGCGUGACAGACACCAUGGGAAACCACGCCUUGCACAUCUGCGCUAGCUACGGCAGCUACGACGUGAUGGACGCCCUGUUCGACAUCCAGUACUUCGAAUGCGACCCGCUCACCCGCCUGGACCAGGACACGCCCCUCCACACGGCCGUGCGUUACGCCAACGAGAAGGACGCCGAGCUGGGCGGCGACAUGAUCCAGAUGAUGUGCGAGGCCGGCUGCGACCCGCGCGUGCGCAACAAGCACGGCCAAAAGCCGGUGGACCUGGUCUACAAUAAACCCGACAUUAAGCAGACCCUCCAGCAGGCGGAGUACAUCCUAGCGGAGGGUAUCCAGAAUGACGAGGGCAAUGGGUCGGUGCAUGACAGUGCUAGCGAUAGCGAAUGA